AUGCAUUUAAUUCAGGUGGACUCUGUCCAGCGGUGGAUGGAAGAUUUGAAGUUGAUGACAGACUGUGAAUGCAUGUGUAUUCUCCAGUCCAAACCGAUCAGCACUGAGAAAGAUGAACAAAGUGAACUCAUCCUUUCCUCACAGUAUAGCACAAGUGAUAAUUUACAGCUGCUAUUAAAAAGAGCUUGGAUAAUAAGCACAGAGUUGACCAGGAUUGCUCAGAAGUUGGAAAAGAAUAGAUGGCAAAGAGUCCACAGCAUGACAGUAAGAGUCAAUUGCCAUGUACGUUCCAUGGUAAAUGAAUACAAUGCAUUUACCAGGAGUUUGUCGGAAGAAAUGAAUCAGAUGGAAAACCUUUUAAUAGACAAGUGUUCAGAAUUUACAGCAUUUACAGAAAGGUGCAUACAAGUAGAGGAUGAACAGAUUCUGAAGUCUAUGAAAUCUUCUAUUAAUGAAACACUCACUACUGUUGCUCAGUAUUUUGGCCAGUUGAUAGAGCUGGUUUUAACACAUGAGGCGCAGAACCUGCUGAGACAAAUAGAAUCGUCGGAUAGCGUGUACAUCACUGAGUCAGCAAUUAACAGCUUAUUCAGCCUCACCCAGGAAGGUACUCAUCUGUGCCGUAUCAUAGCUAAGGAAGGAGGUGUCGUUGCUCUCUUUAAGAUCUGUCGCCAGGAUUAUUUCAGGUGCCUUUAUCCCCAGACACUGAGAACAUUGGCAUCCAUUUGUUGUGUAGAGGAAGGGAUGCACCAGCUGGAAAAGGUGCCAGGUGGCAUGUGUUUAGAGAAAGAAAAAUCUCAUUGUGUGCAACUUGAAAUCGUGCUUACAAAGAAAGCAGUUCUACAAGAUGCUGCCUAA